CGGACAGGAGAGACGUUUCACCGGCGUCUGCUGCCACCAUGAAAAGGACGGCGGUGGGUGGCAGUGGCUGCAGCAGCCGCGUCAGCGCACCCAAGGCUGUCGUUUCCAAAUGCACAAGAAGCAACAGCAGCCACAACUGUCUGGACUCCGGCUCCUCCGGCUCCUCCGGCUCCUCCGGCUCCUCCGGCGCACGGAGCGGUGAGCAGCCCGGCGUGGCGAGCAACGUCGUGAUGGACGAGACGGAUGACGGAGAAGAGGAGUCCAAGUUUCAGCAUCCGCGGUUGCGCCGAGCCGGCGGCGGUGGCGGAAGUGGAGGAGGAGGAGGAGGAGGAGGAGGAGGAGGCAGUAUCAGGAUGAAGAACUUUACGCCAGGAGGGGGAGCCGCGUCCUCGGCUUCCAGGAGGAACUCCAACAAGGAGCCCUGCCUUACGCACACAGAGGACGCUCCCGCCGCCCCACGGCCCUCCGCUGCCUCCAGAGCCACCGACACCCAGACACCCUGUCCGGGCGAUGCUGCCCUACGCGGCGAGGCCAGCCAAGCAUCUGGGGAGGAGGCGUCCGAAUCAGCGGUCGCGCUAGAGGUUUUAAACGUGCCAGCGGGUGAUGCUCGCAGCAGCGUCGCUCCAAUUUCCAGCAUGAAAUGCAACAAAAACGGAGAAUGCAGGAGGGACUCGGGUACCGGGAGCCUGCGCUCAAUCAUCUCCAAGCAGGAGAAGCAGACAGGGGGGUCGGGGAGGGCCGAGGACGGAGGGAGCGCCAAGCGCGGAGCCUGUAACUCGACCACCGGCAGCAUGGACGGCUCGGUCACACCAGGCGGGUCCCUGGCCGGCGGGCACGCAGGGGAGAGCGGCGCCCCCGAGAAAAAGGACUCCAGGGUGUCCUUCUCCAACGCGCCAAGCCGGAAAGCCUCGUCCUCGCUGCACGGCCCGACCCAGACCCAGCAGCCCAGGAACUCUGUCACUUUCCAGAAGCCGGAGGAUGGACCGCCGAUUGUGCCCGCCGAGGACGCGGAACCCCAGGGCAGCCAGGCCAGCUUCAUGCAGCGGCAGUUCAGCAGUAUGCUGCAGCCGGGAGUUAACAAAUUCUCCUUACGCAUGUACGGGAGUCAAAAGGCGGUGGAGCGAGAGCAGGAGAGGGUCAAGUCAGCUGGGAACUGGAUUAUACACCCGUACAGCGAUUUCAGGUUCUACUGGGAUUUCACAAUGCUGCUGUUCAUGGUGGGCAACCUGAUCAUCAUCCCCGUUGGCAUCACUUUCUUCAAGGACGAGACCACUACGCCCUGGAUCAUCUUUAACGUGGUCUCUGACACUUUCUUCCUCAUGGACCUGGUGCUCAACUUUCGCACUGGAAUCAUCAUUGAGGACAACUCAGACAUCAUUUUGGACCCUAAAACCAUUAAGAAGAAGUACCUAAAGACUUGGUUCAUUGUGGACUUUGUAUCCUCCAUCCCAGUGGAUUACAUAUUCCUCAUAGUGGAGAAGGGAAUCGACUCGGAGGUGUACAAGACCGCCCGGGCCCUGAGGAUCGUCCGCUUCACCAAGAUCCUAAGUCUUCUGAGGCUACUGAGGCUCUCCAGAUUAAUACGAUAUAUUCACCAAUGGGAGGAGAUCUUCCAUAUGACCUAUGACCUGGCUAGUGCGGUGAUGCGAAUCUUUAACCUGAUUGGUAUGAUGCUGCUACUGUGUCACUGGGACGGCUGCCUACAGUUCCUGGUUCCAAUGCUGCAGGACUUCCCCUCAGACUGCUGGGUGUCUCUCAACAAGAUGGAGAAUGAUACGUGGUCAGAGCUGUACUCCUUCGCUGUAUUCAAGGCAAUGAGCCACAUGCUGUGCAUCGGUUAUGGUCGGCAGGCCCCGGAAAGUCUAUCAGAUAUCUGGCUCACCAUGCUGAGCAUGAUUGUAGGAGCUACAUGCUAUGCUGUUUUUAUUGGCCAUGCGACAGCUCUCAUCCAGUCCCUGGACUCCUCCAGACGGCAGUAUCAGGAAAAGUACAAACAAGUGGAGCAGUAUAUGUCCUUCCACAAGCUGCCUGCCGACUUCCGACAGAAGAUCCAUGACUAUUAUGAGCACAGAUACCAGGGCAAGAUGUUUGAUGAGGAGAGCAUCCUGGGAGAACUCAGUGAGCCUCUCAGAGAGGAAAUUGUCAACUUCAACUGUCGUAAGCUGGUGGCGUCCAUGCCGCUGUUUGCCAAUGCGGAGCCUAACUUCGUGACAGCCAUGUUGACCAAGCUGCGUUUUGAGGUGUUCCAGCCUCAUGAUUACAUAAUAAGAGAGGGCACAAUAGGAAAGAAAAUGUACUUCAUCCAGCAUGGAGUCUGCAGCGUUAUCACCAAAGGCACCCUUGCAAUGAAACUCUCUGACGGCUCUUAUUUUGGAGAGAUCUGUUUAUUGACGAGGGGUCGUCGAACAGCCAGCGUGCGGGCGGAGACAUACUGUCGUCUCUACUCUCUGUCUGUUGACCACUUUAAUGAGGUGCUGGAAGAAUACCCCAUGAUGAGACGAGCCUUUGAGACUGUUGCCAUCGACCGUCUAGACCGCAUAGGUAAAAAGAACUCCACCCUGAUGCACAAGGUUCAGCAUGAUCUCAACUCUGGCGUCUUCAACAACCGGGAGAAUGAGAUGAUACAGGAGAUUGUGAAGUACGACCGUGAGAUGGUGAAGCUGGUGGACCUGCAGCGGCCGCGAGCCAUGUCCAUGACCCCUUCCAUUGGUGGUAUCUUUGCUCCCCCUGGACAGCCACAGACGGGCUCUGCUAUUGCCACCCUCCAGCAGGCUGUGGCCAUGAGCUUCUGUCCUCAGAUGGCAAGUCCGUUGGUGGGUCCAGGCACCCUUCAGUCUCCCCGUAUGGUGCGAAGGUUUCAGGUGAUGCAGAAUAUGUCCAGCCCAGUGUCCAUGUCGCCACUUCAGUCUCAACCACCUCAGACGUUCGGAGGGGCGUUUGGAUCUGCAAUCUCCAGCCCUCCUGUCCAAAGUCCACUCGCAGCUUCAGGACGGACUUUCCAGUACAUGGCGAGCGCAGGACCCUCUGGGUCCCAGUUGUCCCUAGUACAGCACCAUGCACCCAGCCCCACACAGACCCAGCACAGGCCUGCCUCACACAAAAGCACCCACUCCCUUCAUACAGGCAGCUUGAGCCAGGAUAGCCGGGCCCUGUCUGCCUCCCAGCUUUCACUCCCCCAGGAGGGAACAACACAAGCUGUCUCUGCAGCCCCCAGCCCGUCGCCCUCUACCCGCACCUCCAACACCUCCAUCGGCCCCCCUCAGCCCCCUCAUCCUGGCCUGCCCGGGUCCUCAGGGGUGGGGAGACCGGCAGGAGCUCAAUCGAGGGUUGCUUUUGCCUCCACACCGCCUCCUGGUGGACCUGCUGGGAUGGGGGCAGUAGCAGCAGCUCCUGGAUCAGGACCUCCAGACUCUGGAGUUCCCAAGAAAGAUUCAAUCGUCAGCCUACCAGAGCUAGACUCUGCCAGAUCCCGGCUGUCUUCCAACUUGUGACCCUGGUAGAGUUCAGGAAAGAGGCCUUUUUUGUAGGAGAAUCUGUUUGUUUUAGGUCAGUCCAGCUGAUCUGUCAGCCGGCUAAAUGACCAAUCAGCUACCGCGCCUGCCACCAGUCAUUUGACCUGGAUGCACUGUGUGGCGGUGUCAGCAGAAGGAAAAUUGUCAAAGUCUCGAGGCACUUUGGCUAUGAGGAGUCUAUACGAUUAAACAUGUAUAACUUAAGGUUGAACUGGUCUAGUCUACUGUGCCAGCACCUAUAGUCUUAGUAUCACCCCUUACACUCUGCUUCCAAACACCUACUGUAUAUUGCUGUCUUUACUGUAAAGAUAUGAAGAAACAUAUGAUUAAUGUAACUAUUGCAUACUGUGUAGAAUUCAUGCAAUGCAAUCUAGCAGGAGCUGGACUUAAAAAUGAAAAUCAGGGACUUGAAGUCAAACGACAAUGACAUUUUAAGCGUUCAAGUGUUUUGAGUGUAAUUUUUCUGUACAAGCUGUCGUAGCAAAAGAACGCAUUGCUCUUCAUAUUGUUUCAAAUAGUAGUGAAAAUAGUGUUUUAGACCGCUGGUCGAUCUUACAUCGAUGUGUAAAUAGUUGAUGAAAAAAGUACGGACGGAUAUUAUAUUCAUUGUAUCUACCCAAACCAAAGUUGAGCUCGAACACAAAGUCUGGUUGUGUCUGUAUCAACUAAAAAAGAAACAUAGAAGAAAAUGCCAUUUAUUUAACUGCCUUGAUUCAACGUUAGAAGCCAUAUAUUUGGUUUGUGUGUAUGUAUAUAUGUGGGUGUAAGUGUGUGUGCGUGAGUUUGUCGGUACGUUUUGGUUCUAUUUUCGGAGAAUGGACUCACAUACUCUCUACACUGCUUCGUCAAGCGUGAUUGGUUUGACGUGCCGACAGUGGCACUGGUCCCGUUCUCAUGAAACAUCCGGGAAGUGGCUGGCUGCUUGGUCGGCAUUCUGAUUGUAACCCUGAAUGCUAAGGUGGUUAAAUAAUCUGAGCUUUAUUGAAAGGAAACAUUUGUGAACAACCCAUACUGUAUACUUGCUUGUUUUUUGUUUAGGUUUAUCGAUUAACACAUGCAAUAUAAUUCUGCAAUACUCUACCCCGCCUAUAUAUAAAUAUAUAAAUUAAUAUAAAUAACUAUACAUAUUCUGUACAGGAAAGUGAACUUCUUUCUUCUUCCUUUUGUUUUUCUUUUUAAUGUGAACUCUAAAAGAAUCCAGCAGCUGUUGUGGCUUCACUCGAGCUAUUGUAAUCCAGUGACCAUGUUGUUAUCUUAACCAAAAACGUUUGAAGGAAUGAGAGGACACGCAGUAUCAUUUUUGUUUAAACAGACAGGACAAAAGAUUGGUUUAAAGCCACAGGAAGAAUCCACACUUUGAGUUCAGCAAGUCAGAGCCUCAAAAAUGUCACUUUAAAGCCCAUUUGAAGAUAUUCAGUUGUGAGAUGAAGAGGGGGAUUUGAGCUUGGCAAUAUGGGGCUAGAAUGCCUCACUUGUAAAAAGUCAUUGCCCCAUAUCCAAUCUCUUUGUGCCCCACGUCAUCCAAAAUAUCUCAACAUUUAGAUCCACAGCAAUCCUACAGUUAGAAUUUUGGAAUUGGGUUGAGGCUUUAGUUAUAUUAAUUCUAAAUAUUCUGAUCCUGUUGAAGCUAAAAGCCUUCUCUUGCUGAAUGUAUGCCAUACGAGAAGGAAGACAGCUAAUCAGAUAUAAACUGCCAUGUAAAUAAAGGGACCGAGAUUUAAAGAAGCCUUUUACGAUGCAAGUGGGUUGCAGGCAUUGCUGUAUGUGUUGCUGAGUGUGAUCUCUUUAAGUUCGAUGAUGCUUCUCUGGGUUGAACGUUGCUGUAUUUACCCUGUAUGCUACCCCCAUUUCGCCCAUCCCCACAUCCAACCUGAGAGGAUACAUCUUUCUUUCUUUUCAGUUCAUUAUGUAAGUGAGAGUGCACGGAAGCGAGUCGAAACCACUUUGAACUCCUCGGUCUAUAGCGAACACUGAGGACAUCCAUUUAAGCACCUUGUGUUGCACUACGACCUUGUAAUCAAAUUGAAAAUCAAUGCUCUGUUCGCUCAAAACAGUUGCAGUACUUUUCCGGGAGCCAUUAUCCGGUUAAACUUCAAAGGAUGAGAAGUGAAUCCAACUGUGAUAGAAAAGAGGCAGCGGAUUCAAUGUGUUAAACAAACACCACAUCCAACUUUUUUCAGCUCUGAGCAUCGAUCCAGAGCCAAAAUGUAAAAUCGAUGCAAUGGACAUUUCACUCAGGUUUGCUACCUUUCCGGAGAGAUGUAUUGAUCGCUGCAGCGCUUCUUAUUGAUUUAUGUAGACUCGUCUACCCCUCCCAUAAUCAACUUGUUGAUUUAACCAUGCUGAGAGAUUCCCCUUGAAUUUUGAUUGGCUGAAAAAACAAGUAGGAGCCAGUGGAGUCAUAACCCUUUGAUUAUAAUUAGCACGACUCGCUGCCAUUUUGUCUUGAUCACUUUUCCUGAGAGCUGUUAAAAUCUUGGAACAUGGUGUUGUUUUGAUUGUUUUCAUCCAAGGGCUUCAUUAUAUCGCUUGUAAUCCCUUGCUCAUUGUUACUGUAGAGCAGCCACCGUUUCACUUUCUGUUUGAUCAAUAGCGUGCACUAAACCUUGUUCUUUGUCAUACAUUGGUCACAUUGCUGGGACCCGCUUCAUCAGCAAAACAGUAGCUUUGUAUUGCGUUUUUCCUAUGGGAAAGGUACAUGCCAAAAUGCCAAUAUGAUUGUGAAUGAAGUCCAUUUGAGUCAAUAGCUGUUGUGUGCUUCAAUACUGUUCCAGUGCAAUCCAUUGGUCCUCCUCCCUAUUCCUUUGUGCUAAAACCAGAGUUUGCCCUAUUAAGCUGCUAUCAGGACUGUGCUGAUAUUAUUUGAAUGCGUCCACAGUCAGUGAGAGCAAGAUGGAAGGUGAGUUAAAGAGCUAAUGUUUCAGGCAAUAUCAGGCACUGUUUCACUGCAUCCAUCCAACAAGAUACUGUAGUGUGCAAUUCACCCCCACUCAAAGGGACGGCAUCCUCGACACUUUGAUCAGCACUGCUCUGUUUGAACCCUCAGCUAUGAGGCUGAUACAGCCCCGGCCAAGCACAUACUUCUGUCAGUUAUCUGUUCCGUGUCCGUGUCACAAGUGUGUUCCAGUCAGUUGGCUUCCCGCCACCGUCGACAUGCUGUGUGCGAUGUGGUGCUGUAUUCGCCCGAUGACAGGGGGUUCAAAGUGCGAUUGUUUGAUGGUUCUUCUUCUGGACCUCGCUGUGAAGUGGGAUUGAAAUCCUUCGUACAUGUUUGACACUGACUGACAAUUAUUGAGAGCAUCUGAGUUUCAAACCUCUCAUUCUUGCUGUACCAGAUAUAAAGGGUACUGAAUGCCUUUGUGUUGACAUGUUAGCAAAUCAGGGUAUUAUUUUUGUUUGUAAAAGUGUCUUUGAUUUAUCAGUAUAUUCUGUUUGAUUAUUGUUUUUACAAUGUGCCCCAUGCACAUGGACUGUAUAGACCUUGUGCCUAGUAUAUCUAGUUUCCACAUAGUCUAUUUUUGUGGUAUGUAUGUGCCUGUAAAAAUGCAAAUAUGUGUUUUUAUUUUCAACUUGCAAUAUAUGUAAACAAAAACAACAACAAAAAAACAAUAGAAGAAGACUAGUAUUGCUGAAUUAAAAUGACAAUGUCAGUAUAUAUAAUUUUCCCUGAUUUGGGAAACACAAAAUUGCACAUUUUUGUUGGUUUGAGCCUUCCAACACCAUGCGCGCUGUACUCUGUACUUUUCAUGUUCUGUACAUAUGGUAUACACAGAGAUGUGGGGCACAUUGUUGUGUUUUUACCACAACCUGCUGUAUAAGAAACAUUUUCUACAGUGAGUGGGUGAGCUCUGACAGGCUUCUGGUGGAUAUCGGCAGUCUAGACGUUAGCUUAGAUGACCUGCUUGCUGCACAGAGCCAAAAAUCACAAAGAAAAUGACGACUUAAACUGUGGAGGUGCCUGCACAAUAACGAUACAGGAACAAAACUGGGUUGUGCACAUGGAAAAUCUUUCUCAAACUACAUUAUUGCACAGUUCUUUAAACUCUGAUGCUGGUUGCAUACUGAUCUGGUGUUUGCCAUAAAAAGAAAAGAAAAAAAUCUCUUCAAGGCUGAAUGUGGCUCACGAGCCACUGCAGCUUGACUCCUGGUUGAGUUACCUUGACGGAUUAUAGCAGAGUGCAUGCUUGUAUUUUUCUCAUCUAAGCAAAAUUCUGUGUACGAUUCUUAGUGGGACCUUCAAAUCUAGACAUUGUCGUGUACCAGCUACUGUACAAUGAUUUUAUUUAGUCUUACAGUUAAACCUUUGUGUCGUAGCUACUGUAGCCUGCUUAACUUACCUAAGCCUUCUCUCUGCUUCAGGACUCUGUGUACUGUGUGCUUGAGUUUGUGUGUGCGUGUGUGUUCCUGUGCCUUUCCUUCAACAAUAAUGUUGGUCCCACUUGAGAAUAUGAUGCCAUUUAGGGGUUUGAAAUCCAUGUGAAGCUAAGAGAGAUGCCAGCACGAGCUGGAAAGUGGCACAACUAAAAUAUAAAAAAAUAAUAAUAAUUGUAAAAAAAACACUCUAAUGCUCCUAGAAAUUACUCUGGCACAUCCCUAGACUUAGUAGCAUUCCACAGCCUGCACAAGCAGCUCAGUGUGGGCAUCCAGAUACACUUUACCAGCACCAUGUAGACAACAGCACAGAUAUCUGACACAGCAUGUGUUCUCUCUCUCUCUCUCUCUCUCUCUCUCUCUCUCUCUCUCUGGAGGCCAGUCUGCAACCACUUCAGGCUGUGCUUGGCUUCUGCUCUUAACAAAAAGGUUCAAGUAUGUCAGACCUCCAGCUCUGUCUAAGUUGAUGUCUACAAUCCAGGGACAAAUCCGCUCCGAGCCCGAGCUGCAGCUCUUCCAAAAAUCGAUCUCAAAAAAUCAGGUGGAUCCUUGGGAUGCCCGUGAUAUUCGUCACCGUACGGUCCUUUCGGAAUGAGAUGCACAGCUGGCGGCGAGGGCGCGGGGCUGAUUUGAACCUGUGUCCAAAAGGCUGUCUUGUCCACCACCUCUGCUGGCCGAGAACACAGAGCCACACCCUGGUCUCUCUCAAUAAGCUGGUCUGUCAGUCAGUGGCAAUGUUGUUUAAGCGUUCGUAAACAGACGAUACAUUGUUGUGCAAUAAAAAGAUGAGCGCAUUGGCAUACUUAUCAUAA